GAGGCGUCCGGCGGGCGCUGCGAUUGGUCGACGGUUUCCCUAAGUACAGGAGUUUUCGCGGGCUUUCCAUCAGUUGCCGGUAAAGUUUCCCGCGCGUAGUUGCCAGCUACGUUUUGCGAGUCACAAAAGUUAUGACGAGUGCUUGAUUCCAGCGAAGCAGUUUUUUCACGACCACCAUGAACACGGCCAGAGUGUACUGUCUGCUGAUCGUCGCGUGCGUGCAGCUGAGCCAGCACGCCGCCAGCGCGCAGGACAAGCGCGCACCCAUGGGUUUCGUCGGCAUGCGCGGCAAGAAGUUCACCGACCUCGAUGACUCCGACAUCUUCAAACGGAAACCACAGUACCACUUCAUCGGCGUCAAAGGAAAAAAGGAUCUAUACGACUUCGAUCAAGAAGUCAAGCGAGCUCCCAUGGGAUUCCUCGGAAUGCGAGGCAAAAAACAACCCGUAUCCUUUUUCUUUCCACCUCACUCCUCGUCUGAACUCUACGACGAUACUGGAUAUUUCAGAGGCAAAAUAGACUACUCACCGAUCUCGAUUCCGGAACAACACAAUCAAUUGCAGGAUUACCAGUUAAAUGAAUUACUGGAGAGGUUGCGAGUGUCCGACGAAAACGAGGUCUCCAUGCCCGAGUCGGCGGAGGAUGACAUGUCCAACGCGAUAAACAAAAGAGCGGCAAAGAUGAAUCAAUUUUACGGCGUCAGAGGCAAGAAAUCCGGGCAGCCUUUUGAAGCCAACUUUCGAGGCAGAUUCAUUGCGGUGAGGGGCAAAAGGGACAUGAAAAGCGACGAAGCGCAGGAGAUCAAGUUUUUGUUGGGGCAAAAUGGGCCGUGGCCGAAAAGGAAGGCGCAGAUGGGCUUCUUUGGAGUUCGUGGCAAGAAAUGGACCGACGAGUUCAGUUCCGAAGAAGAGCAAGUAAACUAAGUGUCAUCAGUGCAGCGAUCAGUUCUUGCUCCAAAAGACUUCUUCUAUCCACAUAUCUUAUUAAUUACUGCUCUGCGCCUUUCGGCUUUCGAAGUAGUCAAGAUUAUACAUAAGCAGUGUUAAGCUUAAACGAAUAGCUCUAGGUUAAUGGACAUCUUGUUUUCAUAACGUUACCAGGAAAUUAAAUAUAAAUGUUGUACGUAGAUAGAUUAAAGUUUUUUUUUUAAAUUGAAGUGGGAAGUAGUGAUGCUCUCAUAAGUCAUAAUUUAUUGUUGUCUUUGAAUAAAACUACCUAUCUCUUCGUACCAAAUAUUAUUUUAAUACUUGUUAAGAUGCCUGUUUCUCGAUUCGACUUUAAGAAAUGUUAUCUAACGAAGUUUUAUAAUUAUUUUAAUUAAUGAUAUACUGUAAUGUAUUGUACAUUUUGUUAAGGCUGGCAAAAUGUGACAGACAGAACACUGUAAGUAUUAUAAUUAAAUAAAUGCAGUUGC